UAAGAAAAAAAAAACAAGUAUCCCCUUUUCACCUUGCAACUUUUCGAUAACAUCUAUCUAUUUAUUUAAUACCAAUAAUAAUAAUAUCUUCUUGUUUUUGCAAUAAGUUAAUUUUGGCCUGCAAUUUGAAGUUUAACAUGUGUAAUUAUUAAGUUAGGGGUUUUGAUAUAUGUAUUUUUAUAAAAAUUUGUGUAAUUUCUAUUGAUGAGAUGGGAAUUGAUAAAUAAAUGGCACUAGUAGUAAGUUGUGUGUUGAUGGAUGGUGGUCAAAGAAUAAGGUAUCCUGCUGUAGACACCUCUGAUGAGAUUACGCAAGACGACGAAACCCCUGCUGCUGCUGCUGUUAAUAAUAAGGUUUAUGUGGCCGUCGGGAAAGAUCUGAAAGAGAGCCAGUCUGUUCUGCGGUGGGCGAUGCAUAAACAUGGAGGAGAUAAACAGAUAUGUUUACUUCACGUUCACCAACCUGCACACAAGAUCCCCAUGAUGGGCACAAAAUUUAGAAUAAACCAACUUGAAGCGCAUCAAGUUGCGACUUACCAUGAAAGGGAGAGGCAAGACAUGCUGCAGCUUCUCGAAACAUACAAUCAGAUGUGUCAGAACUCAGGGGUGCAUCUGGAGGUGCAAUAUAUUGAGAUGGAUUCUAUUGAGAAAGGUAUUGUGGAAUUCAUACUUCAGUACAACGUCAGAAGGCUCGUAAUGGGAGCAGCUGCAGACAAGCAUUAUUCAAGGAGAAUGGUUGACCUGAAGUCAAAGAAAGCCAUCUAUGUGCGUUUUCAUGCACCUGCUUCCUGUCAUAUCCAAUUUGUUUGCAAAGGAAACAUCAUAUUCACUAGGCAAGGCAGGUUGGGUGGACCUGGUGUUUCAGUGUCAGCUCUGUCACUCUCACCAGAUACACAUUCUAAUUCUGGGCAAAGUUCAUCGAUUCCAAGAUCUCUUAGUGAAAGAGUAAAUACUAGAUUACAGCCCGAUAGUCCGCCUCAGAAUUACCGAAGAGUCACGUCUGACAAUUGUGGAACCAGAAGAACCUCAUUACCUAGUUUUAACGUUGAGUCAACUCCUCCUAUUAGACUAAAUCCUGAACUCAUCUCUAAUGAAUGGAGUGGGAUUUCACAUAGAAGCCCCUUAUCUGGUUCACGGAUAUCUACUGGUUCUAGUGAAAUGAUGGAUGGUCAAGGACCACUUUCAUAUGCUUUAAGUGAAGAUAGUGAAGUUGGAUCAGAUCACGGUGUAGUGCCUGAAAUCAAAGAGGACAUUCACCAUCUGUCACCUUCCAGUGUAAUAGAAAGAGGCAUGAAUGAUGAGCUUUAUGAUCAGCUUGCACAAGCCAUGGCAGAGGCAGACAAUUCAAAACGAGAUGCAUUUGAAGAGUCUAUCAGGCGCAGGAAAGCAGAAAAAGAUGCUAUUGAGGCCAAACGCAGGGUUAAAGUAUCUGAAAACUUGUAUUCUGAAGAAUAUAGACGGAGGCGGGAGAUUGAUGAAACAUUAGAGAAAACCAACGCAGAACAUGAAUAUGUUAAAGAGCAGCUAGAUGAAGUUGCAGAAGAACUCCGCAUGGCUCUUGAACAGAAAUCAUUUCUCGAAAGUCAAAUUGCAGAUUCUGACCGUACGGUGCAGGAGCUGGAACAAAAGAUGUUCUCUGCUGUUGGGUUGUUGCAGGAUUACAAAAAGGAACGUGAUGAGUUGCAGAUAGAGUGUGAUGAUGCGCUUAGAAUAGUAGAGGAAUUGAGAGAGAAACAAGCAGAGGAAGCCUCAAGCUCUAGGAUGUCUAAGUUCUAUGCUGAGUUCUCGUUCUCAGAAAUCAAAGAAGCCACUCACAACUUUGACCCAUUUUUCAAGAUUGGAGAAGGGGGUUAUGGAAGUAUAUACAGAUGUUUCCUUCGGCACACUGAAGUGGCCAUAAAGAUGUUGCACUCGCAUAGCCUUCAAGGGCCCUCAGAAUUUCAGCAGGAGGUCAAUGUUUUGAGCAAACUCAGGCACCCGAAUCUUGUAACCCUAAUAGGAGCCUGCCCAGAUGCUUGGAUAAUUGUUUAUGAGUAUCUUUCUGGUGGAAGUCUUGAAGAUCGACUCAACUGCAAAGACAAUACUCCCCCAUUAUCGUGGCAAAAUAGAAUCCGGAUAGCUGCUGAAUUAUGUUCUGUGCUUAUAUUUCUUCAUUCUUGUGGCAUCGUUCAUGGUGAUCUAAAACCUGCUAAUCUCCUCCUCGAUAAAAACUUGGUUAGCAAGUUAAGUGACUUCGGAAUCUGUCGUGUGCUCUCACAAAAUGAGUUUUCAAGCAAUAACACAUCACUAUGUUGCAGAACCGACCCUAAGGGUACAUUUGUAUACAUGGAUCCUGAAUUUCUUUCGACUGGAGAGCUUACUUCAAAGUCAGAUACGUACUCUUUUGGUAUUAUAUUGUUGAGGUUGUUGACGGGUAGGCCUGCUUUGGGGAUAACAAAGGAAGUCCAAUAUGCACUGAAUAAAGAAAAUCUGAAGAGUAUAUUGGAUCCUACAGCUGGAGAUUGGCCUUUUGUACAAGCACAACAAUUGGCUCUUUUAGCAAUGAAUUGUUGUGAUGUCGCUCGUAAAAACCGACCCGAUCUUGCAACCGAGGCAUGGAGGGUGCUUGAACCAAUGCGGGUUUCUUGUGGACUUUCUUCCUUUAGAUUCGGUUCAGAAGGACAGUGCCAGAUUCCACACUACUUUAUUUGUCCAAUCUUUCAGGAAAUCAUGCAAGAUCCGGUGGUUGCUGCUGAUGGAUUCACGUAUGAAGCAGAGGCUUUAAAAGGAUGGUUAGACAGCGGCCAUAAAACUUCACCCAUGACCAACCUUGAGCUAGCCACCUCCAACUUAGUCCCAAACCAUGCUCUUCGAUCUGCCAUUCAAGAGUGGCUCCAACAGCCUUGAACGAUAUUAGUUUAUCAUAAUAUUAUUAUUAUUAUGUAAAUGUGUGUAGUGAUGAAGUGGGUAUAUAAAAAUAUACUGCUUUUUGUUUGUAGGAUUAAUGUUUUGUUGUUCUCCUUUACUUUAGAAAAAUCACUGUGGUCAUGAA